UAUAUAUAUAUAUAUAUAUUAGAUUACAAACAACAUUCAUUCGGUCACUUCACUCGCCCCAACAGCCCCCGCAAAAUGAAAAAUACUGGUUUCCCUCUGAAAAUAAUGAAACAGAAAGUCGAAGAUAACCACUUCAAAAUGAAUAGAGGCAAAUCUAUUUCUUUCUUCCACUUGUUUUUCUUCCUAUCUCUUUUGAUCACCCAUCUCUCUUUCUCUCAUGUCCUCGCUGAUUCCCACUUCGAAGGAUUUGACGCCGAAGACGAUGACGCUGUCGAAGAACAACCCUUGGACCACCGUUUCAUCCGAUCGCCUCCUUUAACUCAGUCCGACUCACAGGCCACCCCAGAUCCUGAAACUCAAACCAAUCCCGAUCCCAACCCUUUUCCCACUUCGGAUCCUCCGCCCAAAUUGGAUCCUCAAAAGCCAUCCACUGCCACUUUCGAGUACUGGGAUGAGGACGAAUUCGAGGGCUUACCCGUCGAACAACAGUCACCGGAACCUCCAAAAAUUACUGAAAAUGCCACGCCCGACAACCCAGAUCCAAAAACAACCGCAAAACCCCAAAACGCUAUGGUUUCCAAAAAGUCCUAUACGGUGGAGAUUAUCUGUGGGUCUUUCUUGAUUGUUUUUAUAAUCAAUUACUUCACUGGUAAACGUGAAAACGAGAACCUUGCGUUGGCAUGGGCUGCGAAAUUUGCUACAAAAGGUUCGAUCUUUGAGAAAAAUUUCAGUCUUUUAGGUGUGGGAGAAGGGGAGGACUCGCCAUUACUUUUAAAAGAAGGUCAAAACGUGUUCAAAUUCUAUGCGAGUGGACGAAGAUACUGUCUGGGAUUGUUGGCAACUAUGGAGUUGAAGAGCAGGCAUGAUUUAAUAUCGAGAUUGUUUAAUUUAGUGGUGCCGUGUAAGGAUGAGAUUACUUUUGAGGUUUAUAUGAAUGAAGAAGCAAUGGAUCAGGUGGUUUUUGCUGUGGCAAAGAAGAAGGCGGCGAAAGGGAUGCAAAAAGAGGUUAGAGAUUUACAGAGGUUUGCUGGGUUGGUGGCGAAUCCUAGUGGAAGGAAAUGGGUGGCGGAGGAGCUUUCUGUGAUCUCUGAAUCGAAGGAGGUUGCUGGGGAUUUGAUUACAGAGGCUGUGCUUGAACAGGUUUUCAGUGACAAAGCUUUUGAGAAAUAUGGGAAGGGUUUCAUUUCGAUGCAUUUUUCAGAUCAACAUCCUGGCACACACAAGAAGAUGCUCUUGUUUAAGUUUGCCCUCCCUGAUGCUAACCACAUGGAUGACAUGACUCGCUUGGUGGCUCUUGUGCCAUACUACAUUGAUUUAAUCGGGCGGUACAAGCUCAGCUCACAGGCUCGAUCCAAAACCGAAGCAGCUAGAGUGAAGGCUGCUCAAGAGACAUACAAAGAACUUCAAAAUGCUAGGCAAGAAGCGAUGCAGAAGAAGAAGGCAGAGAGGAAAAAGAUGUUAGAGGAGGCUGAGGCAAAGCUCAGUGCGGAAGCAAUUCACAAGAAAGAAGCAAAAGAUCAUGCUCGUCAGAUGAAGAAGGCAAUGCCAAGAGUAAAGAUGACCCGAGCUCGUUAGUGUUUUCAAGUUCCAAUAGGCACCUGGCUUGACAUUAUUGGUAUCAAUCCUUAACUGUAGUUGGGCAUUCUUGGCUUAUAUUGUUCUGCAGGUAUUGGUUCCCUGGUUUCUGUAUCCUCACUGCGAAUGUAUUUUAGUUCUGAAUUACCUUAGCUACUCUCCAAUAUCACCACACGAUUGUGAAUUUUGAAUGUGCCAGAGAUACUGCUUCCGAAACUUCAUAUAUUUUCCUCCAUGGAGGACAUUUCAGCAUUUUUUUUGGAGCAAUUCCCAAGUAAUGAUUUUGACGUUCUGGUUGUUAACUUGGUUUCCCUCUACCUAGUAGUUUACAAUUGUGAAGCUAAUCAAAGAUGGUUGGUUAUCGGUUGGGUACUUGCGGGAAAUGAAAAUUUUCAGAGAAGUCUAAGUCUAAUGUUCUUUUAACGUGUAUCAACAAUUGGUCGGACAUCACAUGCAUUUUAAUUUUUAAUUGGAUGCUGUUAAGGACCGUUUUAGAAAAGUUUAGGAAGAUAAUAUUAGUGCAUAAGUUUUCAAAAUGUAUUGAAUGGAAAAUACUACAAUUAAUAAUAACAAUGGAUGAAUCAGUACCUAUUUCCUACAA